UGCCUUUAUAAUGGGAGACUCACAGGGAGAGAAAUGAGUAAACGAAGAGAGAGAUAAGAGAAAGAUAGGGUGCUCGAAGGGGCAAAAAGGAAAUCAGGAGAAAGUUGCCAGAAAAACCCAAAAACACUCUCGAUCUGUGCUUUUGCUCUUAAGUCCUCGCGAGUUCCGAGGUGAAUUGUUUGUAUGUGUGUGUAUUUGCCGGUGGGGAUUCUGUUCAAUUUUGUUUCUCUCCGUGUGUUCCGUGCUGUUGCCUUUCGUUUCGAUUCGGUGUUGCUGAGUGAAUUUUGUUGGAUUUUUUGAAGUCUCGAGACACUGGGGUUUCGGCGGAUCUGCGGGAAUUGUGGACUGUGGGGGAUUUUGCUUCAUCGUCGAAGAAGAUGUCUUCGUUAAGCAGAGAGCUUGUUUUUUUAAUUCUCCAGUUUCUAGACGAAGAGAAAUUCAAGGAGACUGUGCACAAAUUGGAGAAGGAGUCGGGUUUUUUCUUCAACAUGAGGUACUUUGAGGAUGCAGUGACUAAUGGAGAAUGGGAGGAGGUGGAGAAGUAUUUGUCAGGGUUUACGAAGGUUGAUGACAACCGAUACUCCAUGAAAGUUUUCUUCGAGAUCCGGAAGCAGAAGUAUCUAGAAGCCCUUGAUAAGCGUGAUCAUGCGAGGGCUGUGGAGAUUCUUACAAAAGACUUGAAAGUAUUUUCAACAUUCAACGAGGAACUCUUUAAGGAGAUUACCCUGCUCUUGACCCUGACGAACUUUAGGGAAAAUGAACAGCUAUCCAAGUAUGGUGAUACUAAGUCAGCUCGGGCUAUAAUGCUUGUUGAGCUAAAGAAACUGAUUGAGGCAAAUCCCCUCUUUCGUGAUAAACUUCAGUUUCCCACAUUAAAAAACUCAAGACUCAGAACCCUGAUCAACCAAAGUUUAAAUUGGCAACACCAGCUUUGUAAGAAUCCCAAACCGAAUCCUGAUAUUAAAACUCUCUUUGUGGACCAUAGUUGUGGGCAGCCAAAUGGUGCUCGAGCUCCAUCCCCUGUCACUAAUCCGUUGAUGGGUUCAAUUCCUAGAGUUGGUGGAUUUCCACCAAUUGGAGGACCUGCUCCUUUUCAUCAUGCUCCUGCACCUUUAACAGCCUCACUUGCUGGAUGGAUGGCCAACCCAUCCUCUGUACCACACCAAGCUAUUUCUGUGGGACCUAUGGGCUUAACACCCGCUAAUAAUUCUGCUGCGUCUAUGCUAAAGCGUUCUAGGACUCCUCCUACUAACAAUCCAGCCCUGGACUAUCAAACUGCAGAUUCUGAUCACGUGUUGAAGAGGUCAAGACCUUUGGGAGUUCCAGAGGAGGCCAACAAUCUGCCGGUCAACAGUUUGCCUGUCAUGCAUCCUGGUCAGAGCCAUGCCCGUUCCAUGUACACUGCUGAUGACUUACCAAAGAAUGUGGUGAGAAAUUUGAAUCAGGGUUCUGCUGUGAGGAGCAUGGAUUUCCACCCGGUGCAACAAACUCUACUUCUAGUGGGAACAAAUAUUGGUGAGAUUUCCAUCUGGGAAGUGAGCAGUGGGGAUAGAAUCGCUGUGAGAAAUUUUAAAGUCUGGGAUCUUGGAGCUUGCUCAUUGAUACUACAGGCAUCUCUAGCUACUGAGUAUACUGCUUCAGUAAACAGAGUCAUGUGGAGUUCUGAUGGAAGCCUUUUCGGUGUUGCAUACUCAAAGCACAUCGUUCACUUGUAUGCUUAUUAUGGCGGUGAUGAUUUAAGACACCGCCUCGAGAUUGAGGCUCACGUUGGUAGUGUCAGUGAUCUUGCCUUUUCUCAUCCAAACAAGCAAUUUUGUGUUAUAACUUGUGGGGAAGACAAGACGAUUAAGGUCUGGGAUGCAGUUACAGGUGCCAGGCAAUAUACAUUUGAGGGUCAUGAAGCACCUGUGUAUUCAAUAUGCCCGCACCAAAAGGAGAAUAUUCAGUUCAUAUUUUCAACUGCCAUUGAUGGGAAGAUCAAGGCAUGGCUCUAUGAUAAUAUGGGUUCGAGGGUGGAUUAUGAUGCUCCAGGUCGUUCUUGUACUACCAUGGCAUAUAGCACGGAUGGGACAAGGUUGUUCUCCUGUGGUACAAGCAAGGAUGGCGAGUCGUACAUUGUGGAGUGGAAUGAGAGUGAAGGGGCUCUGAAGAGAAAUUAUGUUGGCCUCGGGAAACGGUCGGUAGGAGUGGUGCAAUUUGACACAACAAAGAAUCACUUCUUGGCUGCUGGUGAUGAGUUUAAAAUUAAAUUUUGGGACAUGGACCAUGCAAAUAUCUUGAUGAGUAUUGAUGCUGAUGGUGGUUUACCGGCAUCCCCAUGUAUUCGCUUCAGUAAGGAAGGGGCAUUGUUGGCUGUGUCAACCAGUGAGAAUGGUAUUAAAAUACUUGCCAAUGCUGAGGGCAUUCGACUCAUGCGUUCAAUGGAGAACCGCGCUGGAACCACUUCAAAGGCGCCUGUUAUUGGAACAUUUGGUGCUUCUGGAUCAGCAGCAGGACCUACUGUGGGUGCAGAUAGAAGUUCUCCAAUGGCUCCAGUUAUUGCACUGAAUAGUGAUAGCAGGAAACUUCCAGAUACAAAACCCAGGAUUUCCGAUGAGUUGGAUAAAUCCAAGAUGUGGAAGUUGACUGAAAUUAAUGAACAAUCACAACUUCGUUCAUUGAGGCUUCCUGAUAGUUUAUUGUCAGUGAGGAUUAUUCGAUUAAUCUACACAAAUUCUGGGAGUUCCAUCUUGGCUUUGGCAUAUAAUGCUGUCCAUAAACUUUGGAAAUGGCAACAAAGUGAGAGGAAUGUAUCUGGAAAGGCAAGUACUUCUGUGCCACCACAACUUUGGCAACCUUCUAGUGGAAUCUUAAUGACCAAUGACAUUAGUGAGACAAACCUUGAGGAAGCUGUUCCGUGCUUUGCACUUUCAAAGAAUGACUCCUAUGUUAUGUCAGCAUCAGGAGGAAAAAUCUCCCUGUUCAAUAUGAUGACAUUUAAGACAAUGACGACAUUUAUGCCCCCUCCACCAGCAGCAACAUUUCUGGCUUUCCAUCCUCAGGACAAUAAUGUUAUAGCUAUUGGCAUGGAGGACUCCACCAUACAAAUUUAUAAUGUUCGCGUAGAUGAGGUAAAAAUUAAGCUCAAAGGUCAUCAUAAAAGAGUAACCGGCCUUGCAUUUUCCAGUGUUCUAGGAGUCCUUGUGUCAUCAUCAGCUGAUGCUCAGUUAUGUGUUUGGUCUCUAGAUGGAUGGGAAAAGAAGGCAAGCAAGUUAUUGCACAUACCUAGUGGAAGCGUGUUAAAUCCUCACGGGCAGACACGCGUCCAGUUUCAUCAGGAUCAGACGCAUGUGUUGGUUGUUCAUGAGACACACAUAGCUGUAUAUGAAGCUUCCAAGCUUGAUUACGUCAAUCGGUGGAUUGCGAGGGAACGAGUCCCUACAAUAACAGAUGCUACAUACUCAUGCGACAGCCAGUCGAUCUUCACUUGCUUUGAAGACGGGAGCGUGUGCAUCUUCACUGCCGUGGGACUGAAACUAAGAUGCCGGAUCAAUCCCACAGCCUAUUUACCUUCUUCGCCAAGCUCGAGGGCUCAUCCGUUGGUGAUCACCGGUCAUCCAAGUGAGCCUAAUCAGUUUGCGUUGGGUAUGACUGAUGGUGGAGUGCAUGUGUUAGAACCCCUUGAAUCUGAAGGAAAAUGGGCGGAGGCGCCUCACCGAGAAAGUAGUGUAGGUCCGAGCAAGGGCGCUGCACCGGCUCCCGAUCAAUCUUCCAGAUAGUGGCCGUAUGCUCCCUGUAUUAGUGCUGGGGCGGACCUGGUGCUAAGAUGAAAGGGUGGUUUUACAGUCUAUUUAGGAGUAGAAUAGAUGCAAAGCAUAAAGUGUUGAAAAAUGUCGAUAAUAUGUAGUAUGGAUGGAAUGUUGGAACUACAGUUUAUAGUUUUUUUGUGUUCACAGUGGAAUUAAUUACUCUUCUCAUGCAUGUAAUUGUAAUGUAGUAUGUUCUUCUGUGGUUU